GAGCAAACUUCUUCCAAUGGAGUCCUAUGAAUAUGAAUUACGAAUUCGAAAUAGGUAGAUUCCAAAAUAGUGAUAUUGGAAAAAAAGAAGAAGAGGAUAAGUAGUAAAAGUUAGUAGUAGAAGAGUAACCAAUAGUUGGAACAAGUUUCUUGGAAAUAAGAGAUUUGACACUUUGUGACCAAAAAGUCAAAAUUGGCUGGUAAGAGAGAGAAGGAGAGCUGACAAGGUAUAGGACGUCAUCCCAUUUUAGCAACUUUCACCUGCUUCCCAUCUGGGUACUUCCGGCAGUGCUUGAUUUAUUGAUUUGGUGAUUCUAAACUUCAGUUGAUUUCUCACUGAUUCACUGAACACAGAAGGGCUAAAGAAAUUGAAGGGGAAAAAAACCCCAACAACAAAUAACAAGAUUUGAUGAUUCUGUUGUCUUAUUUUAGCUUUCUGGCAAAGCUUGAGCCUUUUGCUAUAGACCCUUUUCGUUUCUUGAACUAAGAUACUACAUCUGAUUUGUGUUCCAAUUUCAAUUGAUUAUCCACAAAGUUGAUAUAGUCCACGAUGGCUGAUAUCAGUCCUAGUACAUCAACAGAUGCCGAUACUGAAGAUAAGAACAGGUUCCUAAAUCAACAACUGUGUGCCGUAGCUUCUGAUGGAAGUGACAGACCGAAAGAUCAAAAGACACUCCGUAGACUUGCUCAAAAUCGUGAAGCUGCUCGAAAAAGCCGUCUAAGGAAAAAGGCAUAUGUUCAACAGUUGGAGAGCAGCAGGAUGAAGCUGACACAACUAGAACAGGAGCUUCAACGAGCUCGGCAACAGGGAAUAUUUAUUUCAGGUUCAGGAGAUCAAUCGCAGUCGAUGAGUGGAAAUGGAGCUUUGGCAUUUGAUGUAGAAUAUGCCCGAUGGUUGGAAGAGCAGAACCGACGAAUUAAUGAGUUAAGGGGAGCUGUUAAUUCUCAUGCUGGUGAUGCUGAACUUCGAAUAAUAGUCGAUGGAAUAUUGGCACACUAUGAUGACAUAUUCAGGAUAAAGGGGGAUGCGGCGAAGGCUGACGUUUUUCACAUAUUGUCGGGCAUGUGGAAAACUCCUGCAGAAAGAUGCUUCUUGUGGCUUGGUGGAUUCCGUUCAUCUGAACUCCUCAAGCUGCUCAUUAAUCAGUUGGAGCCUUUAACCGAACAACAAUUAUUGGCGAUCAACAACUUACAACAGUCAUCCCAACAGGCUGAGGAUGCUUUAUCCCAGGGAAUGGAGGCAUUGCAGCAGUCUUUGGCUGAGACUCUCGCAGGGUCUCUUGGACCUUCAGGUUCCUCUGGGAAUGUUGCAAAUUAUAUGGGUCAAAUGGCCAUGGCAAUGGGGAAGCUUGGAACUCUUGAGGGUUUCAUACGGCAGGCUGAUAACCUUCGGCAACAAACAUUGCAGCAAAUGCAUCGCAUAUUGACAACUCGCCAAUCAGCUCGUGCUCUUCUUGCUAUCACUGAUUAUUUCUCUAGGCUUCGAGCACUGAGCUCUCUCUGGCUUGCUCGUCCCCGGGAAUAACAUCCGCUUUCUUCUAAUACACUACUCUAAAGACCCUUGGUAAGUAACAUUUGUAAAUGAGAAACCUCUUUGUUGGAAAGCUGAGCUGCUGAGUUUUAAUGGAUACAUAUAUUUAUAUAAUGGUAUUUGUAACAUUGUUUCAUAUUUAACUAAGAUAGUGUGUGAUCAGUGAAUUGUUGUUGUAUUUUAGUAUAUCUAAUGGUUCCAGUUAGGUUAAUGGAAAUGAACCUUCACUUAUAAUAACUUCAAUUUUUGCAUUUGCAUUGUUAAUUA